AUGGUGGAAACCCGACAACAGUCAGAGAUUGAUGCCCUUCGUGCUUCCAUCGAAACGUUAACUGCCUCCUUUCUUGAUGUGAACACUAGAAUAGAUCGUAGAUUGGACACUAUUGAAACUCGUAUGAAGGCCACUGAAGAACAAAUUCAUAUUCUUGGCCAAGAAAAUCGCCAUAGGGGACAUGAGGGUAAUGGCCGUCAGAACCCUCCACGUGAUAGAAACGUUCGACAUAUUCCUCCAACCCGACUCACCAAAGUCGUCUUUCCUCGAUUUGAUGGAACAGAAGUGGAAGGUUGGCUCAUAUCUGCAGAACAAUUUUUCCGCGUUGAUAAGAUAGAGGAUGAAACCAAAACAGACAUUGCUCCCAUCCAUUUUACGGGCAACGCCAGAAUGUGGUACGGUUCCUAUUUGCAGCAACGCAAUCAUCGGGAAAUCUUGACGUGGGAAGUGUUCAGAAGGGAUCUACUAGCACAUUUUGGUCCGUCUAUGUAUGACACCCCCAUGAGACAGAUUAUGCAUCUGCGACAGAAUGAGGAAUCAGUCAUGUAUUACAAUCAACAAUAUAUAAAUAUUUCCCAGAAAUUGCUUAACCUUCCCGGGGAGUACGUGAUAGAAUGUUACAUGGCGGGUCUGAACGAGGAAAUUGCAGAUGCUGUCAAACUUAGAAAUCCAGAAACUUUGAACGAGGCUAUGUCGAUGGCCAAAGCCCAAGAAUCAAUAUACAGAUCCCUGUGGAGCAGAGGACACUUGUAUAAUAAAUUAGCCCCUUUACUGCCCAAACCAGUCGGGCCAAGUACUAACCGAACUUCUUUUUCGGGCAUUCCUCAUGCAUCUUCUUCUGGUGGGAAUCAGGGCUCGAUGAAACAAUUAGAACCUGCUGUAUUUGAUGAGAAAAGGAGAAAAGGCCUUUGUUACAAAUGUGAUCAGAAAUGGGAACCAAACCACAAGUGUAAAACAAAGUUGUUCAUGAUCUCGGCUAAUGAGCAAGAAGCUUUACCAGAUGUCCAAUUGUUUCAAGAAACGGUUGUUGACGAUCCUUCAUUGUUGCAGCCCAAUUCAUUGGAGGAGCCUGCCAUUUCUCUACAUGCCUUAACCGGUUCCAAGAAUUUCCAAACUCUCCAGAUCCGGGGCAAGAUUGGGAGUCUGCCGGUAGUGAUCCUUAUCGACACAGGCAGCACUCACAACUUCAUUAACAGCAGGAUACUAAGAAAUAUAGGCCACGAGGCUAUGAAAACUCAAGUGUUGUCGGUAAAAGUGGCAGAUGGUUCAACCCUAUUUUGUUCCAGCGUUUGCAAAAACCUGAAAUGGUCCAUGGAAGGUAAAGAUUACCAAGCGGAUAUGAAAGUUCUUACUAUGACAGGGAUACCCCAAACACAAAUUAAUCUUAUAGAGGGUCACCAGUUGGAGAAAUUGUUAAGGAAGGGCAGCCUGGCUGCCAUGGUACAAGCAAAAACAGAGAAUGAAGCCCAGUUCUUUGCACUUAUCACAAGAGCCCAGGAAGAGGUUUCUGAAGAUCUUCAGGGGUUGCUUGAUGAUUUUAGUACUCUGUUCCAGCAACCGGAUGGCUUACCACCUACAAGAGAGCACGAUCAUCGGAUCCCACUAAAGGAAGGCACCAAAGCUGUGUGCUUACACCCUUAUCGCUACCCGGCCCUGCAGAAAUCAGAAAUUGAGAACUUAAUCAAUGAUAUGCUGGAAAGGGGAAUAAUUAGAAAAAGUCACAGUUCGUUCGCUGCUCCCGUGGUGUUGAUCAGAAAAAAAGACUUAUCUUGGAGGAUGUGUAUCGAUUAUAGGAGGUUGAACUCAGCCACCAUUAAAGACAAGUUUCCGAUUCCGGUGACAGAAGAACUGAUGGAGGAGCUGCAUGGAUCCAAGGUUUUUUCCAAAAUGGAUUUGAAAUCUGGUUUUCACCAAAUACGAAUGUACCCGGAAGACUGCCAUAAGACUGCGUUCUGA